AUGGAGGUGUACACGGUGGUGAUCGUGGUAUUCCUGCUGGUGCGGAUGCUCAUGGAGGCUCAGGUGGUUCUGCUCGUCGGCCUGCCGGUGGAUCUUCAAGUGGACGCGACGGUGCUCAUGACCCCCUGCCGGCCUCUGCGCCCCGCAGAAAUGCUCGUGGAGAAGACGGCGACGACGUGGACUUUUCCGAGGUUCCUGCUUUCCCGACCCGCGCCGAGUCUGGCGCAGGGCAGCUAUAAAUAUGUUCAUGCACAAGCCGUGCACGGAUGCUACAGCGAUGGCCUCUUCCGAUGCGCUCGCCACGUAUUUUGGCAAGCUAGAUGCCUCGAGCAGCCACCUGCGCGCAUACUUUCGCCUUCCUCAGCUAGCUCGGCCAAUCCUGCAUCGCAGAGCCCCGCGCACGCGCGGCGCAACUUUGCAGAGGUAGCGGCACAGCAGCGACUGCGGCGGACGUCCUCGCGGCGCUCAGGGCCGAAGGCGCCGGGGCCGAGACAAGGACGAAACCAGACUCGCAGAUGA